GUCAUGGGCCUCUCCAACUACCACUGCAAGCUCCUGGCCCCUAUCCUGGCCCGCUACGGUAUGGAUAAGCAAACUGGCAAAGCCAAGCUCCUCACAGAGAUGAACCAAGGAGACAUCUUCGACUGCUCCCUCUUGGGUGAUCGCGCCUUCCUUAUUGAGCCCGAGCACGUUGAAACCAUCGGUUAUGGAAAGGACCGCUCUGGCAGCCUCAUCUACCUGCAUGACACCCUGGAAGACAUCAAGAAGGCAAACAACAGUCAGGAGUGCCUCAUUCCUGUCCAUGUGGAUGGAGAUGGCCACUGCCUGGUCCAUGCUGUCUCGCGGGCACUUGUUGGCAGGGAACUGUUCUGGCAUGCUCUGCGAGAGAAUCUAAAGAAGCAUUUUGAGGAGAAUCUGAGUCACUACAAGGCGCUUUUCCACGACUUUAUUGAUGCAGCAGAGUGGGAAGACAUUAUCAAUGAAUGUGACCCUUUGUUUGUUCCUCCAGAAGGUGUGCCAAUGGGCCUUAGGAAUAUUCAUAUCUUUGGUCUGGCCAAUGUGCUUCACCGGCCUAUCAUCCUGUUAGACUCCUUGAGUGGAAUGCGAAGCUCUGGAGAUUACUCAGCGACGUUCCUCCCUGGUCUGGUACCUCUAGAAAAAUGCAUGGGAAGAGAUGGCAUGUUGAACAAGCCGAUCUGCAUUGCGUGGAGUAGCUCAGGACGUAACCAUUAUAUUCCUCUAGUUGGAAUAAAAGGUGCUGCUUUACCUAAACUGCCUAGGAAGCUACUUCCUAAAGCCUGGGGGGUUCCUCAAGACCUCAUCAAAAAGUACAUCAAGUUAGAGGAGGACGGUGGUUGUGUUAUUGGAGGGGACAGAAGUUUGCAAGAUAAGUACUUGAUGAGGCUCGUUGCUGCCAUGGAGGAGGUUUUCAUGAGUAAACAUGGUAUCCAUCCCAGUCUUGUAGCUGAUGUACAUCAGUAUUUCUACAGAAGGACUGGUGUAAUAGGAGUCCAGCCUGAAGAAGUCACUGCAGCUGCCAAAAAAGCAGUGGUGGACAACCGCCUUCACAGGUGCCUCAUUUGCGGGGCCCUUUCAGAACAUCACGUUCCUCCAGAGUGGCUGGCUCCUGGGGGGAAACUCUAUAACCUGGCAAAAAACACCCAUGGCCAGCUAAGGCCUGACAAAAAUUACAGUUUUCCCCUGAACAGUUUGGUGUGUUCUUACAACCCCGCAAAGGAUGUGCUGGUACCAGACUACAGCCUGAGUAGUUUGACUGCUUGUAACUGGUGUCACAGUAACUUAGUGCGUCGUGUCAGAGAAGAUGGAUCUGUUUCAUACUUGGAUGGAGACAGAACUAAUACUAGGUCUGCAGGUGGCAAAUGCGGCUGUGGAUUCAAGCACUACUGGGAAGGUAAAGAAUAUGAUAAUCUCCCUGAAGCUUUUCCUAUUACUCUAGAGUGGGGUGGAAGAGUGGUGAGAGAGACCGUCUACUGGUUCCAGUAUGAAAGUGACACUUCUCUGAACAGCAAUGUGUAUGACGUCGCCAUGAAACUCGUUACCAAGCACUUCCCUGGUGAGUUUGGUAGUGAGAUUCUUGUUCAGAAAGUUGUCAACACAAUAUUGCAUCAAACUGCCAAAAAGAACCCCGAUGAUUAUACCCCUGUAAAUAUCGAUGGUGCUCACGCCCAAAGAGCUGACGACGUACAGCAAGGACAAGAGUUAGAGUCGCAACUUCCAACCAAAAUAAUUUUGACUGGACAGAAGACAAAAACUUUGCACAAGGAGGAGUUGAAUAUGAGCAAAGCUGAAAGAACUAUUCAGCAGAACAUUGCAGACCAGGCUUCCGUAAUGCAAAAACGGAAAAGUGAAAAAUUGAAACAAGAGCAUAAAGGGCAACCUAGGACUGCUUCCCCUGGAGCUGUUCGGGAGGGGCCAUCAUCUGCACCUGCUACACCAACAAAAACCCCAUAUUCUCCAACAUCUACGAAAGAAAAGAAAAUCCGAAUAACCACAAAUGACGGGAGGCAGUCAAUGCUUACCCUGAAGUGCACGACCACCUUCCUGGAACUACAGGAAAGCAUAGCGAGAGAAUUUAAUAUUCCUCCGUAUUUGCAAUGUAUUCGCUAUGGCUUUCCUCCUAAAGAGCUUCUGCCUCCCAAAGAAGGCAUGGAAAACGAACCUGUUCCUUUGCAGCAUGGUGACAGGAUUGCGAUCGAAAUCCUGAAAGGUAAGGAGGAAGGCAGGCAGGCUGCUUCAGCACGCUCGGCCCAUGCCGUGAAGCAUGAAGACGUUGCUGUGACGAGUAAAAUCUCAUCGAAGGAGCUGCAAGAGCAAGUCGAUAAGGAGAUGUAUUCUCUCUGUCUUCUAGCAACGCUAAUGGGAGAAGAUGUUUGGUCUUAUGCAAAGGGGCUUCCUCAGUUGUUUCAGCAAGGUGGAGUAUUCUACAGCAUAAUGAAGAAAACGACAGGUUUGGCUGAUGGCAAGCACUGUACUUUUCCACAUCUGCCUGGUAAAAACUUUGUGUACAAUGCAGCAGAAGACAGAUUGGAGCUGUGUGUGGAUGCUGCUGGGCACUUUCCUAUUGGUCCCGAUGUUGAAGAGUUGGUGAAAGAGGCCUUAAGUCAAGUGCGAGCAGAAGCUACUUCGAGAAGCAGGGAAGCGAGUCCUUCACACGGAAUGCUGAAGCUGGGUAGUGGUGGAGUAGUGAAAAAGAAAUCUGAACAACUACAUAACAUUACUGCAUUUCAAGGAAAGGGCCAUUCCCUAGGAACUGCAUCUAGUAGUCAACAACAUGAUCAAAGAGCCAGGGAAACGCCACUUUUAAGAAAGCAUAGCACAGAAACGGACUUCAGUCCUUCUGCUAAAAUUGAGCCUUCUGCAUUCACAGCUGCUUCUGGUAACAGUGAGCUUAUCCGAAUUGCUCCGGGAGUUGUGACAAUGAGAGACAGCAGGCAGCUUGACCCCACUUUGAUUGAGGCACAGAGAAAAAAGUUGCAGGAAAUGGUCUCUUCUAUUCAGGCUUCAAUGGAUAGACAUUUGCGGGAUCAGAAUACAGAGCAGUCAGCGUCAGUUGAUCUGUCUCAAAGAAAAGUAGAGGGAGCGAGUUCAGCUGCUAAAACUGGGAGCUUUCAGGCUGGCUUACCCGAAUCCUUUUCUGCACCAGGUGGUACUGAACACUUGAAUACCGAAUCAACUGAUGGUAACGUGGUGAAUUCUGUGGGAACAACAUUCCCUGCGAGAUCUAAAGCACAAAAGGGAAAUUCUGUUGAGGAGCUUGAGGAGAUGGAUAGUCAAGAUGCAGGAAUCACUAAUGCAACUGAGCCAAUGGAUCACUCUUGAUAGGUUAAAAUCUAAUAAGGGUAGAAUAAAUUACUGUUCAAAUGUAAUGUUUAUUGGCUGGGCCACACAAAGUGAUUAGUUAUUAAAUCUUGUAUGUAUGUCAAAGAUUAUAUCAUCUUAUUCAGUGCAUGAUAAGCGUGUGAUUGGCAAUAGCUUUCAAUAUUACCAUACUGCUGCCCAGGCUGGCUCUGUUACCUGUAAAUUAGUUAUUAGGAAAUGCACUGAGAUGAAUAUCUGCUGUAAAUGUGGGUUCUUGAAAAUUCUUUGUAAUUUUUAAUUCCUUAAGAGUCUUAAAAUUUAAGCCCAUGCAAGGUUCUCACCAUGCUAGUUUAAGGUUACUGGAAAGGCUAGAACAGGCAAAACUAGAAACAUGACAAAGUUAAUAAUGUCCCAGGUACUCAAUUCCACUCAAAAAUACACUGUAAACAUGAGUUACACAUUUCAAAGAGCAACUAAAACUAAACUUCUGCUAAAUUUGAUAAUGCAGCAUAUGCAGUACUUUAAUUACAUUGUGCUGGCACUUCCUCUGAUUUAAAAACUUUUUCAUUCAUACAGCUGUAUAAGCUUGUCAGAAAUCUUGGAAUAAGUAACUUUAGUAAACUCUCUAAUUUCUGCAUAUUGUCAGUUUAAGCAAGUUAGAAAAAAGGCUACUUAGCGUAUGAUGAAGAUGAAGUGAAUGUGGCGUGGUUAUGCAUGGCUGGCUGAGCCAACACAACCAUUUUGGUGCUCUGUUAGUAAGUGAUAGCAUGUUUUUAUUUCCUCCCAAAUACCGAGCUGGUCAGAUGUUGAGCGACUUUUAAUGCAACCGGAGGAGAGAAGUUGGCAACUGCAAGAAACAAAAAAUGUUCAGUGGCAAAUCCAUUUCUUUUAAAAGGCUUUGAUUACCAGCAUUGGUUAGUAAUGGCAAAAA